GGGCGCUGUGCUUGCCACUCUGUGUGUUUGUGUGUGCGUGUGUGUGUGUGUGUGCGUGUGUGUGUGUGUGAGAGAGAGAGAGAGAGAGAGGGCCGUGGGGAGAAAUGAGCAGUGUGCUGGUCCAGAUUGAUGUUGGAAGCUGCUAAGAGCCGAAACUUCUUUUUGGGUCGAAGGAGCGGUGAACAGCUCCGCUUGAAAGAGGGCUGUCAAGGUGUUAGUGUGUUUUUGACAAGUCAUGAUGAUACCUGGAGGAGGAGCUCUGCACCAGCUAUGCGAAUGGAAGAAAUGAGGCUAUGGUCGAGAGCCGUAUGGCUUUCGGCUGAGUAUUUCCGGCUUGGCGGCUUGUUUAAAGGGCUCUCGAACCAUGCGUCCUCUCUUAUACAUGAUCAGAGAUCAGGUUUUCAACGGCGAUCUGCUGUCGGUAGCUGGAUUCGUAAUAACAUUUGUCCGAACAUACCCCAUUAUAAGGGGUCCCACUGGCACCAGAUUGCGAGGAAUGCGGACACCCUCUCCGUGAAGAGAAGCGGCAAUGGAGUGUGCACGACCACCUUUGGGAAAUGGUCACGGAGAGAACAAUGGUCGGUUCCCAUUUGCGAUAACCACUCUCGGUGGGCAUUUUGUUUGUCGCCCGGUGCAACAGCUGCCGUUCAUUCAUGGUCGCUCUUUGCAGGGAGUGGAGAUGGUCUCCGAGCGCCGAGGAGUGUUUGCUGUGCUUCAACAGCAGAGAAAAGGUCAUACAUAGAUGCCGUUGGCCAUGGCGGAAGCCGGAGUAGCCGCGGUUUGUCGGGUUUUGGCUUCAUGAACUUCUUUGGUGAGGAGGACUGUGCAGGACGACUAAAUAGGAAUAGAUCUCCGUCGGAUCAUAAGCCUCAGACUUGCGGAAGAGGUAGGGAUCAAUGUCAAACGAAAGACGGCUGCGAAAACCACCAAAAGUUGGGCCUGGAGGGUUCUGCACUGUGUAAUGGAACCUUGGCAUAUUCUGCGAAUGACAAGGCAUACUGUAGUGAUGCGCUGCAGUCUCUGCCAGUUAACCGUAUUUCGCUAUCGAGGGAAGCACAGACGGUACGUGGCGUUUGCUGCCGACAUGGCGGCCUUUACAGAAGCGAUGGUGGCACAACCACACCUUCUCACCCGUUUGCCGUGGUUAAUCCGUCUUUGGUAUCGGUCUCCGAGCAUGUCUUCCAAUCUCGCCAUUGUACGAGUAACUCUCACGUCCAUUCCACAAAUAAUAAGGCAACAACUGCUUGUCUCAAUGAAUGGGGACGGGGUAUACCUCCAAUGUGUAGCCCUUUUGCUUGCAGCAUGCUGGCCUUCAUUAGGCACGUUUCCUCGCCUUGUCAUGGUCUUCGUCUCCAUUCAUGUUCUUCCAAUGAGCUGGAGUCUUCUCGGCAUGGAUUGGGCUCCGCAAAGAUGGCGUCUGAGGUGCAUGUCAGGUUGAGAAUGCGAGCCAGAUAUUGUCGCAAAAGGAUGUCUGUCCUUCCUUUCGAUUUGAGCGCUGUGAUCUGCCACCAACCCAACUUUGGGCAUGCUCUACUCUUGUCUUUCUCAUCGUCAGCGUCUGCGGAUACUGUUUCACCUCAUUCAUCCCCUUCAGCACUCGUCAGCAGAGUGCGGUCUGAAAGCUCUGCCAGGAAGCGGCUUUAUGUGCCAGGUCCUUCAUCUUCUCACGUCUUUUGUAGAAACUCAGUGGUGCUACCGCUUCAGCAGAGGGGUGCAUCGAUUGGGGGAACUGGAAUAGGUGGCAUGUGGACCACCUGUUUGUCCACGAGCAGAGGGAAUGGACAAUAUCAGCAUGUCAGGAGCUUCUUCCACCUUUGCUCUGGAACCAAAGACAGCCGCAACUGUGGAGGGGUUGGCAUUUCAGGCAGGAGGCAGGAGAGUGUUGUCAUGUACGCUGCCGGGAAGGAUAUCAAAAGCGUGCAACAACUAUCACAGUUCGAGUAUUGCGUGGGCAGGCAAACUCGUGGCGCCGCCCAUGGCCGUUAUAAUAGUGAGCCAUUGUCGAGCAAAUCUGAUCAGGGAGGUCUAGUGAAUCGGGAUCUCAGUAGUGGGCACACUACGGACGAUACGCUGAGGAUGAAUGCAUUUGCAGCAGCUCGUCAGUCGAUGAGUAUUGGGGAUCGGACAGAUCCUCGUGUUGUUGAUGGGAAGGGCGCGAGGGAAGAUGCUGGGGAUGGCGGAAUGGACUUAAGAGAUGGAACCUGUCGCAGUCAGGACAAGGAUGAUACUCUCGUGAGUGGUGGUGUAAAGGUCCAGGAUGCUGGGAAGCAGAUGUCCGUCGCAGACAGGCUUGUGCAAGCGGGCUGGACCCGCGAAGAGGUUCUGAAUUGGCCAAAUGCCUUGUCCAUGGCACGCCUCCUUUCUGGACCGUUAAUUGCAAUGUGGGUGAUGCAGGGCAACUUUUCUGCCGCGCUAAUUGGUUUGGCUGCAGCUGGUCUGAGCGAUUGGUUGGAUGGAUUCAUCGCCAAGCGUUAUGGGAGUGUGUCGGUGGUGGGCUCCUACCUUGACCCACUUGCAGAUAAGGUUCUUGUGUGUUGCUUGACCACUGCCUUGGCAGUCAAGGGAUAUCUCUCACCCGGUUUGGUUGUGUUGAUUGUAUCGAGAGAUGCUGCUUUGGUUGGUGGAGCUUUCUUAUACCGCGCCUACAAUCUCUCUUGGAAGUGGCAGGGAUUCUCCGAAUUCUUCAAUGUUACUUCUGAAGGUGCCCCCAUAGUCAAGCCAUUACUCAUCAGCAAGGUAAAUACAGGCGCUCAACUAGCGCUGGUGGGGUCUGCUCUGUCAACGGCUGCGUUUGGCUUUCCCGAUGCCAUUGUGCUGGAGAAACUCGGGUAUGUUGUUAUCGGGACGACGAUACUGUCAUGGGCUGGAUAUGGAAAGGUUAUGUUGGAGAAGGCGGGAGCUGGUGGUCUGGGGAGUGCUCAAUCUCAAUCAAAGUGGUUAGCGGCGACAAAGAGCGAGAGCAGGAAAGGAACGUUGAUCGCAGCUGCGCAGAUGCCAGAGGCAGAUAGAAAGCAUCGACAGAAGGGACAUCGAGAGAGAGCUGAUGUUGAGAAACAGCCAGUGCAAGUGCGAUCAGAGCGUAACGACGACGACAACGAGCCGACACCAAUGCCGUCGGGGAAUCAGAAAUCUUGAGGUGCCGGCCAUACCUGAAGUGACGGAAAACGUUUUCUUUUUUGUUUCGAGGAAAACAUAACAGGAACAGAGUUUCUGUGAGGUUUUGUGUUCACACUGUGAUGGCUGUCUCUGUCUCUCCAUCUCUCUUCUCUCUCCCUCUUUUCCUCCUGUUUCCUAUCCUCCCUUGUGCGCUCGCCGCUUUUCCCUCUUUCGUUCUCUCUCGUGCUUCCUGGGCGCUCUCUCUUUCUGUGGAUUGUUCGGAUGCUUACACAAAGCUCACUGCGGGCGCCAUGAUAAGAGUAUGUACACAGUCUCCGUGCCCGUCUGAAUGCGUUAGCCAGGUUGUUGUCUUCUUGCAGCAUGGUGGUGUUGCUCUCAUUUUCUUGUCGAAUGUUUCUUCUCCUGUUAUCCCAGCUGCUCUUGCUGUCCCCCUCUGGUUAUUGGGACCCCAUCUGCCUUGACAUCAGCCCGAGUCCGCAGAGACGCACAGAGAGAGAGAGAGAGAGAGAGAGAGAGAGAGAGAGAGAGAGAGAGAGAGAGAGAGAGAGAGAGAGAGAGAGAGAGAGAGAGAGNUCUUAUACACAUCUAGAUGUGUAUAAGAGACAGGGUUAUGGGGACCCCAUCUGCCUUGACAUCAGCCCGAGUCCGCAGAGAGAGAGAGAGAGAGAGAGAGAGAGAGAGAGAGAGAGAGAGAGAGAGAGAGAGAGAGAGAGAGAUGGUAGAGUUGUGAUGGUGUUAGCAGACCGGUAUGCAUGUGUGUGUGUGUGUGUGUGUGUGUGUGUGUGUGUGAGAGAGAGAGAGAGAGAGAGAGAGAGAGAGAGAUGUGAUGGUGUKUGCAGACCAGUAUGCGUGCGGUAGAGAGAUCUGGAUGGCUUACUUGGUUUGUUGGUUGGUAUAAUUUGUGGUUGAAUGGAAGGUUGGAGAAGAUAGACUGACGUCGCAGCUGCUUGCGGGGUAAUAUGGUCAUCCGCUGGAAGAGACAAGCUAGCCGUUUGCGAAAUUAACCUCAACCGCAAGCGGGCGGUUUGUCAAAGUUAAGCUCAAUCAGGUGUGUCCUCCCGAUGUCCGUACAGGAUGCAGAAAUUAUAAGUCAUAAAAAGCAGCUACAAGCUGGCGGUUGUCAAAGUCAACCGUAGCCCCACGAGUGCUGGCGGUUUGCGAAAUUAACCUCAGCCACGAGUGCUGGUCGUUUUGCGAAAUUAACCUCAGCCACAAGUGGUGGCAGUGUUUUUUUGCAGGCAGUUUGCAAAGUUAACCUCAGCCACAAGUGACUUUUUUGCGAAGUUGACCACCGGCACGAGCUGGCGGUUAUUGCAGCCGAUUUUCAAAGUGAACAUCAGCCACGAGCUUGCGUUUUGCGAAACUACCCUCGGCGGCUUAGCCAGCCUUUAGCUGGCGUUUUUUUUGCAGGCCGUUUGCGAAGUUAACCUCAGCCACAAGCUGGCGGUUUGGGAAUUUGACUUUUGACCAUGGCCACGAGCCGGCAGUUGGCAAAGUGAACAUCAGCCAUGAGCUGUCAGUUUGCGAAGUUAACCUUAACCGGGAGCCGGUGGUUUGCAAGGUUAACCUUUUGCCACGAGCUGCCUGCACAGCAUAGAGAUAUAAGAUUAAGAAAACACUGAGCAGUGAGCUGAUCGUUAUGUUCCCCAUAAAAAGAAAUAAUAAUAAUAACAAAACACUGAGUCUUCG